AUGGUGUUUUCGGAAGUCGAUCGUCUUGCGAUCAACACAAUUCGCACCCUCGCCAUCGAUGCAAGCUGCAAAGCAAACUCAGGUCACCCAGGAGCCCCGAUGGGCAUGGCACCUGCAGCUCACGUCCUUUUCAACAAAUUCAUGUCAUUCAACCCCCAGAAUCCUAACUGGGCUAACAGAGACCGCUUUGUGCUUUCGAAUGGCCAUGGCUGUAUGCUUCAGUAUGCACUCCUCCAUCUGUAUGGAUAUGAUCUGAGCAUCGACGAUCUCAAGAAUUUUCGACAACUUCAUAGCAAGACGCCAGGACACCCAGAGUCGCACGAAACCCCCGGCAUUGAAGUCACAACAGGUCCCCUGGGCCAGGGAUUUGCUAAUGCUGUGGGUCUCGCAAUCGCCCAAGCGCAUCUGGCAAGUGUUUUCAAUAAACCUGGAUUCGACUUGAUCACCAAUCGCACUUUUUGCUUCUUCGGUGAUGGUUGCGCCAUGGAAGGAAUCGCCAGCGAGGCAGCUUCGCUUGCAGGACACUUGAAACUCCAGAAUCUGAUCUGCAUUUAUGACGACAACAAAAUUUCCAUUGAUGGCGACAUAAAAUGUACAUUUACCGAGGAUGUGCAAAAGCGGUUCGAGGCAUACGGAUGGCACGUUGAAGUUGUGGCCGAUGGAGACAACGAUCUGGUCGCGAUCGAGAAAGCAAUUGCUGACUGUAUUGCUGUCACCGAUAGACCAUCGAUGAUAAAGGUAGCCACCACCAUUGGACUGGGAUCUCAGCUUCAGGGAACGAGCAGUGUUCACGGAAAUCCACUCAAACCGGAUGAUGUUCAAGAAGUGAAGAAACGAUUUGGAUUCGAUCCUAGUCAGACAUUUGCGGUUCCACAACAAGUCUAUGACUAUUACGGACAGCAUGCAAACGAUGACAAAAGCAAAGAAAAUGAGUGGAACGAGCAGCUGAAGAGAUAUGCCAAGGAAUACCCAGCAGAGCAUACCGAGUUUAUUCGACGAUUUGAAGGCCGACUUAUAGACGAUCUUGAGGCUCAGCUUCCAAUUUACACAGCCCAAGAUGCAGCAAUUGCCUCUAGAAAGCUCUCGGAGACAGUCCUGGAGAAAAUACACGGUAGUGUUCCAGAGCUUUUGUCGGGGUCUGCAGACCUCACAAGUUCCAACAACACACGCUGGAAAAAUGCCGUCGAUUUCCAACCACCUCAAUACGGUAUCGGAGACUGGUCUGGUCGGUUCCUUCGCUAUGGAGUCCAUGAAUAUGCCAUGGCUGCUAUUAUGAACGGCCUAGCAGCAUAUGGAAUGGUAAUUCCACUGAGUGGCGGGUUUCUCAAUUUCGUGUCUUACAGUGCGCCUGCUAUUCGCCUUGCAGCGCUCAGUAAGCUACAAGUGAUUCACAUCGCCACUCAUGAUUCUAUUGCACUUGGCCAAGACGGUCCAACCCAUCAACCCAUUGAAGUUCUUAGUCACUUCCGUGCUCUGCCAAAUUGCAUGGUUUGGCGCCCUGCGGAUGGGAAUGAAACAAAUGCUGCGUACCUCGUCGCGCUCCAGACCAAGGGAACACCCAGCAUUCUUGCCCUUACUCGUCAAAAUCUACCACAGCUCGAGGGAUCCUCAAUCCAAAAAGCAAUCAUGGGUGGCUAUGUUCGUGAAUCGCAAAAUGCUGCCAUAACUCUUGUUUCCACUGGAUCCGAGGUUGGAGUUUGUCUUCAAGCUGUUUCUCAUCUGGAGAAACAAGGCGUGCCAGCUCGAGUGGUAUCGAUCCCUUGUUUUGAAGUAUUUGAUCAGCAGGAUGAAUCCUACCGUCUCCAGGUACUUCCUGACGAUGUCCCUAUUCUUUCGGUUGAGGCUGCGUCUACUGUUGGCUGGGAGCGCUAUUCUCACCAACAGUUUGGUAUUAACCGAUUUGGAGCUUCGGCUCCUCCUGAUGAGUUGUUCAAGAUGUUUGAGUUGACACCGGAGGGAAUUUCCAAACGAGCCCUUGCAACCAUCUCAUUUUACGGAGGAACAUCUACAGUCAAGAAGCAGACUGUGAUCUCCCCUAUUCGACGGGCAUUUCCUCAGAUUGUAUAA